UGAAGAUCGUAUCUUCAUCAGGGCUGGCAACCCCAUUGGCAAUUGGGACCAUAAUGCAGUUGAGCUGUCUGUGAGCAGGGAUCUUGGAGAACAUGGUUUUCUGGUGGAGGGCAGUCUUCCUACAGUCAGAGCUGAAGCUGAGUCUGUGUCGAUACCAUACAAAUAUGUUGUCUAUAAAAAGAACACAUAUGAGUAUGAGUACAUAUACAAACUGGAUUCCUCAAACCACACUACCAACAGAUGUUUGUUUGUGAAACCACGCCUCGUCACUGAUGAUGGGGACUGGCAUCAAUAUGAUGAUAUCAUCUGUGCUGCACCUUCGAAGAACGUGAUCAAACGCUGGAAAGACACCAUCAAAGAAAAGAUCUGGCCUGAACAAAGGAAGGAUCUGAUUCAAGGCAGAGAGAUCGCAGGGAAAGUGAUGCUGGACACCAUAUUUGAUCUUCUCAGGACCUGGACUGACACCAAUUUGAAAAGUUUUCAGAUCCAGCUGAACCAGUUCUGUCAGGUUUAUGGCGACCCUUUUGUGUAUGAGGAAAAACAAAAGAAAUGGUACUCCUUAAACUAUGGGGAAGAAGAUGUGAGGAGGAUGUUAAAGGAAUUCAUGCUCACAAAGAUGAUUCCUCAGUUGCUGAAGGAUGGAGAUGGCAAGAUGCUCUACAUCCAGGACCCCAUGAGAGCUGCUGUGAUCAUGCUCCAUGUAUGGAGACAGCAGCAAUUCAAACUGGAUAAUGCAGAGCUCUAUCGGCUCUGCGAUGCACUCUCUUUACCCAUACGAGACCAAGAUGACUUCCUGCAGUACUGGACAGAGUUCUCGCAGGAUGUUGCUUUUUUCAAAAACCUGCCAGUCAUGUUGGUGCAUCUGAUACGUACGGUGAAAACAACAGGAAUGCACCGAUGGAUUCUGGUACUACCGCUUCUCCACCUUCUCAAAGGCAACAUAAAGCCCUUUGAAAUACCAACUUAUGGAAACGCGAAGUACGGCCUGUCCUGGGCAGGUUUGCAGGGCCUUGACAUUGGUACCUCAACAGUAUACAUGAACAGUCAAGAGAGGAA